GUAGCGGUGUGUCGACAACUGGUAAACGACGACGAAUAAAAUAUCCACAGAACCUCCAAUCCUCGUUGUCCUCAUCCGCAGUACUUGCGCUUGAAUAAACGACGGUGUUGGCCUUGUUUUGUUUAAGUAAACUCAAUGUGACUCUCCGCGGCUCUCGGGGUACGUAUGUCCAAGCGGUAAACACAAACGGGGCAAAUGAAGAAAUCGCGUAGCAAGAGAUUAUCGACGUUCUUUGCCUGUUUUUCGUUUAUUUUAUAAACAUAUACUGCAGCGUUCAACGACGGGCCCCACGUCGAUGCAAACAUGAGUAAGAUGUACUCAACCGCAAAUCUUUCGGAUAAGGAGCUCAAGGAGCAGGGCAACCGCCUGUUUAGUCUUCACAAGUACGAGGAUGCUGCGAAUUGUUACACAAAGGCAAUCAUCAAGAAUCCAAAUCAGGCUCUUUACUUCACGAACAGAGCUCUGUCGUACCUGAAGCUCAAGAGGUUCGAAUCUUCUUGUCAGGAUUGCCGACGGGCCUUGGAUAUCGACGCAAAUCUUGUCAAGGGACACUUUUUCCUUGGCCUCGCGCUCCAAGGACUCGAACUAUACGAUGAAUCCAUCAAGCAUCUGCAGAGAGCUCACGAUUUGGCCAAGGAGCAGAAACUCAAUUAUGGAGAUGACAUGACUAGUGUUUUAAGACAAGUUAGGAAAAGGCGUUUCCAAAUUAAAGAGGAGCAGAGAAUCAAUCAAGAAAUCGAGCUCCAGUCAUACGUGAACAAACUAAUUAUUGAAGAUGCGGACAGAAGUUUAGCUGAGCUUCAAAAGAAAGAGGGCAAAGGAAAAGAGGGAGAGGACAAUUCACACUUUGCAGAUCUUCGUAGAGAGAUUGAAGAAAAGCGAGACUCUUCCAUGGCUCAGCUUAAUGAUUUAUUUGCUAAAGUUGAUGACAAUAGAAGAAAACGUGAUGUUCCUGACUAUUUAUGCGGAAAAAUAAGCUUCGAAAUACUGCAAGAGCCCGUAAUCACGCCAAGCGGUAUAACUUAUGAAAGAAAAGACAUUGAAGAACAUCUUCAAAGAGUCGGUCACUUUGACCCAGUGACGCGAGUUCGAUUAACACAGGAUCAACUGAUACCUAAUCUUGCAAUGAAAGAGGUGGUAGAUGCUUUCUUGCAAGAAAACGAGUGGGCUCUUGACUAUUAAUAAAAACAUCAGGCAAGAACAUGAAAGACUCAAUAAAAUAUUUUUAAUUAUAAGACGAUACAUAUAAGUAUCUUAGUUUCGACUGUAAUACUAAUGAAAAUGUAAAAAAGGCACUAUAUUUAGAAAAAUAUUUUUGUUUAUAAGAAAACAGACUACAAAAAAGUAUAUUUAUAGAAUAUCUAAAACUACAGGAUAGUUCUUCUUAAUUAAUUUUUUUUUUUUUUUUUUUUUUGAAACAUCUUUAUUGUGUUACAAGAUUAUACUUUCACGCUGAUUGUUGUAAUAUAUUAAUUUUUUGCGUUUAAGUCUUUGAUUUAUAAAUUACAAUAAAGUUAAUGAAAUUUUA